ACUCUGAUGUGAAAGUGCAAGAAAUUGUCAAAAAGGAAGUAAGUCAAUCACAUAAUUUUGAAGAGUUUCAUGGAAAUAAUAUAAAAGUAAAGACAAGAAAACAUAUUUGAAUCCAAAUUAUUCAUUUAUAGUUUCACUUUUGUUGACAGGGAAUUAAGAAAGCAAAUGGCUAAAAUGAUUAAACUUAAGGAUUUCCCCCUUUAGAACAUUUAUUUGGCAAGACAUGGAAGAGGAAGUACAAAUAUGGAAAGGAUAAGUAGAAAUCUGGGCGGAGUCACAGUAUGUAAAUACAUUUUCUAGAAACUCAUGAGUACAAAGAGGUUGAGACAGACGAGACCAGAGGACUGAAGACUAAAGACACUUCUUAAGAUGCAAAACCAUCAGGAACACGAGGCUGUGAUCCCGCGGCCUCGUGGGAAUCUGCCUAAAGCGUGCGCCGCUGCCAUCGCCGUCAUCACCACAGGCGUGGUGAUGUUUGCGUCUCCAGAGAAGGUUCUGGUCUGGGUGGCUUUGGCGGUCCUGGUGGUGGCUCUGGGGUCUCUCCUGCACGCCGCCUGUCUGCUGGCAGAGGAGCUGCUGCACCACAGAAACACCAGGCAUCGAGGUCGGGUGAGGCCCGUGCUGUCUGCCUGCGGUCUGGGGCGGUGGGUUCUGCUGGCCGCGGGGUCGGGGGGCCUCCUGCUGCACCUGAAGGGGUGCUCUCCGCUCCUGGAAGCCCAACGCUGGGAGCUCCUCCUUCUGGCUCCUGUUUACUACACACUACUCAAAGCUCUGGGAGUUCUGGGUCCGUCGGAGGUUGAGGUUUCAGAGAUCUGCGAGGAGAGGAAGAUGAACGUUGCCCAUGGGCUGGCCUGGUCCUUUUACUUGGGUUACCUGAAACUGGUGCUCCCACGUCUGGAGGAGUCCAUCGCAGAGUUCUGUGCCUCCCAUCCCACCAGCAGAAACCUCUGGGCUCGCGGCUCCAGGAAGCUCUUAAUCCUCGUCCCCUUAAACGCCAAGAUGUCCCACCAGCUGAAGGACGAGGACGAGCGCCUGCAGUUCUACAACAACCUUCCGAACUAUGAGAUGAACAUGGGAGGGGUUCAGGGGCGCGUCUACAAGCACAGUGUCUACAAAGUGCUGGAUGAGAAUGGAUGGGCCCACGAGUGCGUGGUGGAGUACGCCACGCCCGUGCUGACGCUCUAUAAGAUGUCUCAUGAGAGCACCGCCGGCUUCGGGGAGACUGAGCGCACACAGCAGGUCCUGCUUUUCUACAGAACCCUGCAUCACAUCCUGGAGCGAUCCUUGGAGUGUCAAAACCGCUACCGACUCAUCCUGCUUCUCAAUGAAACUGAAGACGACCCUCACUUCCUGUCCAAAUCCAUCCUGAAACACUUGAAUCAACAGGAGAGGGAAGAGAUCUUCCUGAACCCGCUUCCUCAGCAGGAGAUGGAGCCGCCCGCGGAGGUCAUGAGCAGAGUGCCCACGCUCAUGAUCAGCCUGGAGUCACCUCAGCCGCUGAGAGACCCUGUGGAGGAAACCUAUGAGUAACGUCAACUCAGAGGAGGAGGCAGGAAGCAGGGAUGCCCCAUGUGGUCUACUGCCGCCUCGUGAGAAGUCCACGGCAGUUUUCACACUAAAACUCACAUUAAAGUGCCACUCCGAUCAUGUUUCGAUCUAUCGUCAAAGCGUUCCUAGUCGUCUUUUAUUUAUAAUUAUCCCAUUUUCAGCCUGAAUUAUUUCCGUUUUCUCGUUUAUUAGAAAUUUACCUCAUAGUUGUGGUGCCUUUAGAUUACACAGUCUCCCACUAGCUUACAGCCCCUCACAUCCCCAAGCUAACAUACAGUUUUGUACAGUUUUGAACCUGGAAAACGAAGACGUUCAUGGAUCUAUUUCUCUACAAGUGGAUGCAUCAGAAUAGAGUGGAGCAGGGAGUUUUUCAAACAGCAUGUUUCCUGAUUCACGAUUUUAAUAAAUAAAAUACUCAGAAAUGACAUUUUAUUCUUAAGACCGUGUCACACCGCCACGAUGUAUAUUUUAUGCAUUUUCCACAUAUGAAAUUUUGAUCAUACAUUUGUGAUUUACGUAAUUUAUAGGGGUUUGUUGAUGUGUGCAGAUGUCCGUCAUGUAUGGCAAGCAAAAGAGGUCAAUAAUCACCAGGAAAAGUGAUGCAAAAAAAGGCAUUUUGGCCAUGAAAAAUAUUGCUUUUUAUGCAUGUUUUAAAAGUAGCACAUAAAUUCCGCUGGGGUUACCCCAAAUAAAAAGUGUGUUUUACUGCGUACAAAGCACAAAAGUGCCCAAAACGCCAUUGUGCUUGAAUAAAUGGCUAUGGUGGAAGAUUUGUUUCAGAUGUUAGCUGUGACCGACUGGUUAAGAAAACCGCACUUUACCUUUUUUACUUGGUAUUCCUUUUUUGCUCCUCCUCUUCUUGUUUGUUUUUACAAAAGAUAUGAUACAAGUCUUUAAACAGUCAAUUUUAGUCAAGAACAAAAGCAUUUUUAACUUACAUAUUUGACGCAACAAAAAGGCCUCUUUUGACGGGCGGUUCUGAACGCGCUAAAACGGCGUGUUCGACACGCGGUUUGUAUUCGACAUAAAACUAUUCGAACGACACAAGACGCCGUAAUUUACACAGUACUUUUAAAAUCUGCAUAAAAAGCGGUGUUUUUUACGGCGCCUUUUCUGGGCAUUAUUGACCCCUUUGGCUUGCCAUACCGCCAUGGUGCAAUGUGAUUUCUGCCCUGUGCUCUGAAUGUAAGAGUGAAGAUAUGUAAUAAAGUAAGGGUUUACGUGUA